AAAAUUGCAGAACUACAUACAGUCGGCUCAGAAAAUAAUUUCUGACGUAAAAGCUGCUGAAUCUUUGGCUUCCUCCUCUGGCUGCUGCAAGACUCGGAGCUUCGCUUCAGUUUGGUUUGAAGUCAGCUUGGUGGGUUUAUUUGUCUGAUCUCUCAGUUUGUCAAUAUGCUCCAUCGUUGUUUUCUCGUGAUCGGUGCCCUGCUCUCAUUGGCCACACCCCUGCUGGUCGCCAUGGAGACCUGCCCAGCAACAGGGAUGCCCGGGAUGCCAGGUAUUCCUGGGCUGCCCGGCAGAGACGGUCGUGACGGAGAUAAAGGACAGAAAGGAGAGCCAGGAACAGAGUGGCACGGCGGUCACGGCCCUCAGAAGGGGGAGAAGGGGGAGCCUGGGCUGAUGGGAUUCCCUGGUAAACGAGGUCAGAGCGGGGAAACUGGGAAAGCAGGGGAUCCAGGGAUUCCCGGAACUGUAGGAGAACCAGGAGAAUCAGGAAGAGCUGGAGUCCAGCCGAAGGCAGCCUUCAGUGUGGCCAGAGGAACUAAUGAAUACCCAGAUAAAGCCAGCGUCAUUCGGUUCACCACCAUCAUCACAAACCUAAACGAUGACUACGACACCACAACGGGACACUUCAGAUGUCGGGUCCCAGGAACCUACUACUUUGUGUUCCACGCGUCCUUAGAGGACCGACUGUGUGUGCUGAUGAAGCUGGACAAUGAACUGCUGACAUCGUUCUGCGAUCAUCGCCGGACCAGGAGACAGGUGACAGCGGGAAGCCUGGCCGUCUACCUGUCGAGGGAUCAAGAGGUUUGGCUGGAGACUAAAGACUACAGAGGGAUGAGAGGAAAACCAGCAGGUUACAGCAUCUUCUCCGGCUUCCUGCUGCACCCUCACUGACCUACAGGACGGGUCUUUUUCCUCACCUUUACUAAACAAUUUUACAGUCCCAGCCUGAAACUAAAGGCAGAAUUAUGUCUUCACUUCUUUCCCACUGACCCUUUAACCUUUUAUACAAACAAUACAAACUAAAACAACAGGCUAGAAAAGUCCAUGUAAGAUGCGCAAACAGAUUUGUGUCAACUAAAACAAUACAUUUAAAAGCAAACACAAUGACAAAGAAUGCUAAUUUCCAGAUCUGUUGAUUCAUUCAUGUAAAUUCACCAACAGCCAUCAGCUCUGGCGAUUUCAAGUCCUUUCAGUAGAUUGUUGGUGGAACAGAAAGCAUAUUUAAAAGCUUUCAAGCCCAACUCCUUGCUAACUCUGAGAACUGAGAACUGUAGAACAUCGUGAGAAUGCAGUCCAUUAGUUAAAUUUUAAUUUGUAUGUAUACAGGAAACAGAGAUCUUCUCUCAUAAUUAGGACUUACAAUCUCAUAAUAUCCAGAUGAGGUGUUAAAAGCUGAUAGCUGUUUCCAAACAUGACAAUACCAUAGUACUUAGAUUGGGUCAAAAAGUUUGAAAGCUGUGAUUUUGUUGUAUGAUGUGUGAACCAUCAGAUUCUGUGGCACUUGGGGGUCAACUGUACAAAAAAGACUAAAAUGCCGACUAAACAUUGUCAGGUGAGGUGUUAGUGCUCCACAGAUAACCCUUUACACCAAGGUGUGUCCUAUGACAGCUAACAAAAUAUCCGUCAAAAUUUGUGACCUUGUCUAAAUACAACGUGGGCACACCAUUAUACAGAUGACACAGUCUUGUAUACAUUGGAAUCCAUCCUUAGACAUCAGUGCAUAAUCUCAAGCAGACAAAUUGUACUCUAAAACCCAUUAUUCCAGUUUGUAUCUCCCUGCCAUAUACUUAAUAGUACUGACAUUUAACAGUCCCAUCUUAUAAAUACAUGGGAAUUUGCAUGGGAGACACUAAUCUCACAUUUAAACAGCACAUAGAGCAGCUGGUACUGCAACCAAAGAUAAAAAGGGGUUUCUCAUAUCGGAAUAAAGCAUGUGUCUGUCUUGUCAGAAAAAAUUAUUGUACAGUCAACCGUCAUGACAGGACCCAAUUUCAUCUGUUCAUUUAUCUUCAAUGUGUGUCAGUAAGCAGACCAUUUAAGCAGGAAAACCCAAUAUACCUAAAUAAAAAGCUGGAAAAACAA